UUGAAUAUUGAGAUCUUAUUGCAUAUUUUCAUAUAUCAACUACCAUGACUUGAAGUUACCAUACUACCCCAACCGUAUUGCUACUUUAUAUAUAUAGUGACCCUCCAUUUCAGCCAACCUCAACUCCACCGCUUCCACCAAAUUUCAGAAUCAAAAUUCAAUUCCAUCAGUCAUUCAAUUUCUGGUACACAAUGGUUGUUUCUGUCACAACCGUCGACGCGCCACCACCUCCACAACCGCAGUUCACUUGCUCCGACAACAACCAAAAGCUAUCCAAAAAAGGAAGCAUCUCCAGAAGCCGUUCAUCUUCCGCAACUUCCAGCCACCGCCGGUGUACCUUCACCAGAAAAUGUGCUCGACUCGUCAAAGAACAAAGAGCCCGAUUCUACAUCAUGCGAAGGUGCGUCAGUAUGCUCGUAUGUUGGCGUGAUUACAGUGAUUCCUAAAUCACUAUCAAUAAUUUGAUCGAUCUCUUUCUCUCUCCGAGACUCUCUCUCUCGAACAAUUUUCCGAUUCCCUCCGAGGAGGAGGUAGAGAAAUCAUCGAUAGAUGUAAGAUGUACAGUAAUUAUAUACUAUAGAUUUUUUUUUAUUGAUGUAAGUUCGAGAAUGCUGGUUUUGAUUUAUGGCAUCAUUAUACAGAAACAGUUAAAGUAAUUGCAAAUUUUACGAAGCAAAUAUCAUUCGUCGUUUCGUUGUUUAUUUUUCUCAAGCUGA